AUGGAUAGGAGAAAUGACCACGGUUAUAGGAUGCCCCCGGUCCAGGGCCCUCUGCCUACCCCUGGGAGCUUGGGGCUUCACUUCCCACCAGAUGUACACGCUGAGACCACUGAAGAGGACAGUGUCUUGCUGAUGCAUACCCUCUUGGCAGCAACAAAGGACCCCCUGGCUAUGGACCCACCAGUUGCCAACCGACCUAAGAAAAGCAAGACCAAGAAGGCCCCUAUUAAGGCUGUUACUAAGACAAUACCUGUUGCCCCCCCCCCCCCAGUCCCAUCUUCCAAUGUGAUUACCAUCAACAAGCCUAAAAUACCUUUGCAGGUUUUAAAACUGCCAAUCAGCCCCCAGAUCAGCCAGGCUUCAGCUACCACUGAGGCAGCUAAUAUUCAAGCUUCUUCAGUCACCACUCAGUCUAAGAAAGCCAACAAGACAAAGAGAGCUGCUGCUAAGGCAGCCCAAGGCCCUCAAUCUCCAACUGGCAGUGAGAGUGUCACUACACAGAUCAAGUCACCCUUGAAGGCCCUCUACCUAUCAGUCAUCCCACAGACUACCCAGGCUCCACUUGCCAGCGAGUCAGCAAAUUCCCAGGCCUUAGUAGCCUCCAUCAAGCCUAAGAAAGCUUCCAAGGCUAAGAAGGCUGCCGAUAAGGCCAUAUAUAAUUCCACUGAGAUCUCAUUGGCUUCAAACACCAUCCACACAGCUACCACCCAAGGCCAAAUGACCAAUGAGGCAACCAAUACCCAGGCCACGACAGCUUCCGUUCGAACUAAGAAAGCCUCCAAAGACAAGAGGGCAACUGUUAAAGGCACAAAUACUGACACUGUCCUAGGGGCCCCAGAUACCACUGAGAGAGGUAUCAGGCAGAUUGAGGCCUCGGCAGCGGCUAUCCGGGCCAAAAAAUCCAAAGGCAAGAAGGCUGCCAAUGAGGGCAUACAUUUUGCCUAUGAGAUCUCUGAGGCCCCACCUGCCGUUCAAAUGGUCACAAACCAAGCCCUAGCUGCCACUCUUCAGGUCAAGAGAGGGUCCAGGGCUCAGAAGACUUCCCCUAAGGCCCAGGUAGCUAAAACUCAGAUUCAAAUUGUUGACCAAGGAGCUCAGGCCAAGAUGGCCAGCUCUCAGACCAACUUAAGUACCCUUGAGACUCAGGUUGCUGCUGCUGUCCAGGCCCUGGCAGAUGACUACCUGGCUCAGUUGAGUCUGGAGCCCACAACCAGGACCCGGGGCAAGAGGAACCGAAAGUUCAAGCAUCUGAUUGGGCAUGAGAGAGGUGGCCGUAAUUACAGGUGGAAUCCAUGGGGCCAGAGGCCUCCGCCACCCCGAGAUGUGGCCAUUUUGCAAGAAAGGGCAAAUAAGUUGGUGAAAUACCUGUUGGUUAAGGACCAGACAAAGAUCCCCAUCAAGCGCUCAGACAUGCUGAAGGAUGUCAUCCAGGAAUAUGAUGAAUAUUUCCCAGAGAUCAUUGAACGAGCAAGCUACGCUCUGGAGAAGAUGUUUCGAGUCAAUUUGAAGGAGAUUGAUAAGCAAAGUAGCUUGUAUAUUCUCAUCAGCACUAAGGAAUCCUCCGCAGGCAUACUGGGAACGACCAAGGACACACCCAAACUAGGUCUUCUCAUGGUGAUUCUGAGUGUCAUUUUUAUGAAUGGCAACAAGGCCAAUGAGGCUGUCAUCUGGGAGGUGCUGCGCAAGUUGGGGCUGCGCCCUGGGGUGAGGCACUCGCUCUUUGGGGAAGUGAGGAAACUCAUCACAGACGAGUUUGUGAAGCAGAAGUACCUGGAGUACAAGAGGGUCCCCAACAGCAGACCACCUGAAUAUGAGUUCUUCUGGGGCUUGCGCUCCUACCAUGAGACUAGCAAGAUGAAAGUCCUCAAGUUUGCCUGCAAGGUGCAGAAGAAAGACCCCAAGGACUGGGCUGCUCAGUACCGGGAGGCAGUGGAGAUGGAAGUCCAGGCUGCAGCUGUGGCUGUGGCUGAGGCUGAGGCCAGGGCUGAGGCAAGAGCCCAAAUGGGAAUUGGAGAGGAAGCUGUGGCUGGGCCCUGGAAUUGGGAUGACAUGGAUAUCGACUGCCUAACACGGGAAGAGUUAGGCGAUGAUGCUCAGGCCUGGAGCAGAUUUUCAUUUGAAAUUGAGGCCAGAGCCCACGAAAAUGCAGAUGCCAGCACCAACAUCGACUUCAGCAGAGGAGCUGGCACCGCAGCUAGCUUCCACAAUGGUGCUAGCAUUAGCUUCAGUGGUGCACCCAGCCCCAGUGGUGGUGGCUUUGGUGGCAGAACUGGCAUUAGCUUUGGUGGCACACCCAGCACCAGUGCCAGCUUCAGCAGCACAGCCAGCGUUAGCUUUGGUGGCACACCUUAUACCAGUGCCAGCUUCGGUGGUGGGGUCAGCUCUAGUUUCAGUGGCCCACUCAUCACCACUACCAGUUUCAGUGGCGGGGCCAGCCCUGGCUUUGGAGGCACACUGAGCACCACUGCUGGCUUCAGUGGUGCUCUCAUGACCAGUACCAGCUUUGGCAGUGCCCCCAGCACCGGUGCCGUCUUUAGCGGUGCACUUAGCACCAGCACUGGCUUUGGUGGCACACUCAGUACUAGUGUCUGCUUUGGUGGCUCUCCCAACUCUGGCGCCAGCUUUGGUGGCACGCUCAGUACUAGUAUCUACUUCGGUGGCUCUCCUAGCACCAGCACUGGUUUUGAUAGCAUCCUCAGCACCAGUGUCUCGUUCAGUGGCUCUUCCAGCACCAUCGCUGACUUUGGCAGCACACUGAGCACCAGCAUCUGCUUCAGUGGCUCUCCCAAUCCUAGUGCUAGCUUUGGCGGUGCAAUCAGCACCAGUGUCGGCUUUGGCGGUGCGCUCAACACCAGUGCUGGUUUCAGCAGUGCUGUUGGUGGUAGCCCCGGCUUCGGUGGUGCACCCACCACCAACUCUGGCUUUGGCGGUAUGUUCAGCACUAGUGCUGACUUCACUGGGGCACUUAGCACCACUACUGACUUUGCAAGUGCCCCUAGCGCCAGCAUUGGCUUUGGUGCAGGUCCCAGCACCAGCUUCUUUGGUAAUGUGCCUAAUACCAACCUAUGCUUUGGUGGCCCUCCUAGCACCAGCGCCUGCUUUAGUGGAGCUACCAGUGCCAGUUUUGGUAACGGGCUUAGCACCAGUGUGGGUUUUAACUUUGGCGAUGGGUUAAGUGCCGGCACUGGAUUUGGUGGUGGACUGAGCACCAGCACUGGCUUCAAUGGUGGACUAGGCACCAGCACUGGCUUCAAUGGUGGACUAGGCACCAGUGCUGGCUUUGGUGGCGGACUGAUCUCCAGCGAUGGCUUUGGUGGAGGACUGGGCACCAAUGCUGGUUUUGGCAGCACACUUGGCACCAGUGCUGGCUUUAGUGGUAGCCUCAACAUCAGUGAUGGCUUUGGUGGUGGGCCUAAUACCAGCUUCGACGGAGGACUGAGUACCAUCAUUGGCUUUGGCAGUGGUUCCAACACCAGUAUUGGCUUUACUGGCGAACCCAGCACCAGCAUUGGCUUCAAUGGUGGACCCAGUUCUAUCGUUGGCUUCGGCGGUGGACUGAACACCGGUGCUGGCUUCAGCGGUGGACCGAGCAACGGUGCUCCCUUUGGUGGUGGAGCCACCAGCCUUGGUGCCUGUAGCUUCUCCUAUGGCUAG